AUGGGAUACAUGCCCUCUGUGCAUCAUGAUCAUCAGCAACCAACAACGAAUAUUCAUGACGAUGAACAUCAUCACGAUGAUUCCAUGCUUGAAUUAAAAGAUUAUGAUCAGAACGUACCUUCAAAUUUCGCUGUGGUUUCAGGAAAUGGACUUCAACAGACGGGCAAUCCAUCCAAAGAGAAUGUGGUCUCAACAGCUACACCACCAACCAUGAUGCCACAUCAACCCUCCCUUGUCCAGUACUACCCUCCGCAAUCACAACUACCAUCACAACAUCCAGAAGCAUAUCCAAUGAACAAUCCCCAAAUCAUGAUGAUGCCUCAUCCCACUUCUAACAAUUAUAUCAUGAAUCAUGGUCAUGUCAUGACCACUGCCAUUCAACUUCAACAUUCAUACAAUCCCGAAAUAAUGACUUCAAAAUAUUCUACUUGGACACGCGUCGUUUUAGCUUUUGCAAUUCUAUUGACAAUUUAUGGAGUGUUCCAAUUGGCAACAUUUUUCUUUGCAAUUUAUGCCACCAGCAUGAAAUACACCCAAGUUGAAGUAUCUGUGUCAUCUCUAGUUAUGCAAGCCAUCGCCACUGUGCUGAUUCUUGUAUCAGGCUCAAUUGGAAUUUAUUCUACCAUCACAAAGAAUAUCAAACGUAGAAAAUAUUCAACCAUCGCUCAUCUCAUUUCCUUGGCUUUGCUCAUCCUCAUUAUGGCUAUUGAAACAAUCAUUGCUCAUGCUGAGCUCAAGCUUGAUAAUUUGCAAUUUCCUGGAAAGGAUUCAACCUCCAUGUUGGCACUAACCAUUUUUUCUGCUGUCUUGUCAUUAAUUUGUGUUUUGGCUUGUUGUGGAUCCUGCCUCGGAUGUCAAGCUUAUCGCCUUACCAUUAUCAAGAGCAUGACCGCGGUCAAUGAGAAUGGUAGAAGUGAAAGAACGCUCAAUCCAUCACAAGAAGGAUUUGUGAGAAUGAAUGAUGAAGAGCCUUAA